AUGUCGCCCAAGGAUUUUCAACCCAAAGCAGAUACGCCACCCGUUAACGCGCUCCGCGAUGCGGGAUCGAUUAUUUCGGAGAAAGCAAAUCUUCAUGAACUGGCUCCUCCGGUGGAACCAGUGCGGCUAUUGCAGCUAGCCUUCGCCAUAUUCGGCACAGGGAUUGAUACGGUUAACUCGUUGAGGAGUCCCGCGAGUGCAAAUAGUUUGUUUAGCAUCCGUCCCACUCGUGGCCUUAUUUCUCGGCAUGGAGUCAUUCCCGUGUCGUAUACUCAAGAUAAACCAGGCCCGAUUGGCAGAUCAUUGGAAGAUGGGGCUACUGCUCUCACGGUCAUGGCGAAUAUUGGAUAUGAUCCCAGAGACAACACGACGGCCCUUGUCCCGAAAUCUGUGGUGGACCCUGAGACAACUCCAGUGAACAACGCGAUGGAUGCUAUGGUAUCAAAACUGCGGGCUGUGGGCGCUACUGUUGUCUCUAUCGGCGAACAGAUCUACAACUCAAGCACGAUUUCGGGAAACUUAGAUGUCCAGAAGUUCACGUUCCGCGAACUUAUGGAUUUGUACCUGCAAGGUGAAUCGCUUGGAGGUUCCCACCCUUCAAACCUGUAG